CUUAUUUCUUGUAUCCCCCACCGCUUCACUUCUGUCCCUGCUGCCCAGCUGUCGUGACUGUUUGGCAGCAGUCAGCGAAAAUUUCCUCCAAAGGCUGAAUCGCAUCUCGUGAAGGUCUCGCUGUUAGAAUAAAUAAAGACACAGAGAAACUCUUUGUCGUAAAUAAAGGGGGAAAAAAAUUUAAAAAAAAAAAGGAAGAAAAAAUCAGUCGACAAGUACUACUAACUACUACUACUACCACUACUAUUACUACCACUACUACCAUCACCAUCACCAUCACCAUCACCACCACCAUCAUCGCUCUGCUCUCCAAUAUCGAAACUAAUUCGGAAAUCGCAGGAGCCUCAUCGUCAUCGUUGCCAUUCUGCUAGUCGGGGGGGAUGGGAUCGCAUUCGUUUUCCCAAUAGAAGCAAGGCGACCUUCACGGACGCGACAAAAGGCGAAGGACGAAACAAACAACUCGAGGGGACCUCUCUUUCUAUCUAUCUAUCUCUCUCUCUUCCCCUUUUUUUCUCUCCGCUUCCGCCCUUGUGCACGUGCGUGUGUUUGUCACCGUCUUCUUCGUUCUUGACGUGAUUGACGCGGAUCCGGAUUUUUGGCAAAGAAGAAGAAGAUAACCCUCGUCGAGAGAGAAAGUGCAACGUUACAUCUCUUCUGUUUCUUCUAAAUUUGAUGAGCGCAAAUUAUAAAAAUUACAGGAAGUCUAUCUUGAUGAUAGACGACCUGCACUGGAUAUAGAGGAAGACUGUCUUUGUCGUCAUCAGCAGGUUAUCAUUAACGUCACCAACAUUGAUAUAUCAUCAUCGUCAAAGGAGUAAGGAAAGAACCUCUUUUGUGUGAUUAUCAUCCAUCAUUGUCAUUGUCCAGGUGCAAAGUUAACCGGGGAGCCGGUUUGUAAGGGAUGUCCACCCCCGCGAGGAGGAGAUUAAUGAGGGAUUUCAAGAGAUUACAGGAAGAUCCUCCAACCGGAGUAUCAGGUGCUCCAACAGACAAUAAUAUUAUGAUAUGGAAUGCAGUUAUAUUUGGACCACAUGACACUCCGUUUGAAGAUGGUACAUUUAAACUUACAAUAGAAUUUACAGAAGAAUAUCCAAACAAACCACCUACAGUAAGAUUUGUUAGUAAGAUGUUUCAUCCUAAUGUAUAUGCGGAUGGUGGAAUUUGUCUCGAUAUACUUCAAAAUCGUUGGAGCCCUACUUAUGAUGUCUCAGCCAUCUUGACAUCUAUACAGUCGCUGUUAAGUGACCCGAACCCGAAUUCACCUGCCAACUCAAUGGCAGCGCAACUGUACAAAGAGAAUCGACGCGAGUACGAGAAGCGAGUGAAGGCUUGCGUGGAACAGAGUUUUGUGGAUUAGUUAUGGACAUUAACGUAAUGCUGCUGUAAAACACGGCAUCAGUGUCAGCCGUCGACAACAACCAUCAGAUUCACACAAGGGAGAAGAACAUGUAGCUUUAUACUGCGUGAGGAGGAACUAACGCUAAAAAACAACAAAAAAAUAAAUACACAGAUCUGGCAUGUUUCUUCCUGACAGCUUUAUUGAACUACCACGAUAAUGUGCAACGUUAGACCGAAUUUUUACAAUGUUGAAUAAUAAACUAUUAUAAAAUUGUC